AUGAAAGACAUUAAAUGUAGAAAUGUCUAUGUCAUGGAGGAUGAAAACAAAGUUAAAUUCACUGCUCAAGAUUUAUAUGACAACAAAGCUGACAAAACAUAUGUUAACGAUGAGUUAGAUAAAAAAGCUGACAAAACAGAGCUUCAAACGUUAAAGACAGAAAUACUUCAAACACUAUAUCCUAUAGGUUCUAUUUACACGUCAAUGAACUCUACCAAACCAGAAGUAGUACUUGGUCUCGGAACUUGGACUCAAAUAGUCGACAGGUUUUUGUAUUGUGCAAACUCUUCAAAGGAAACAGGUGGAAGUAAAACGAUUUCAGGUGAAAAUUUACCUGCACACAGUCACUACAUAGAUUUAAGUACAUCUCAAGCAGGUUGGCAUAAGCAUAAAUUUUGGGAUUGGCACGCCUUGAAAAAAGGUAAAGGAUAUGAUGUUAAAGACGACGUUCAGUUUGCUAUAAAUUGUUACUGGAGUGACACUCAGGGAGAUGGAAACCAUACACAUCGCGUUUCAGGAUAUACACAAACAACGGGACAAAGUAAAGAAUACAUGCCACCUUACAUGACAGUUUACGCAUGGUAUAGAAUUGCUUAG